AUGGGUCUCCGGACAAUGGACAUCCACACCCCUACAAUCCCCUCUUCCUCCGCCACCACCACCGUCAAUGCACUCAUCUCCCCGGAGGACCCCCCCCAAACCCUGGAAUCCUCUAGAGCCUCUUUGAUGGCGCUGAUUUCCCGCCGUGACGCCCUGGAAGCGGAGCUGAAAGCUCUCGGGAGCGUCCUGGAUUCCGUACCUCCCCCACCUCCCCUUCGCACCUCUCACCAACUCACACUUCGUAGCACGGCGUGACGAUGACCACCCCCCUGACCACGUUCGAUGGCUACCCCAGGGACGACAUCGACGUCGCCCAGAUCCGCAUCACCCGCGCCCGCAUCAUUCCCCUACGCAACGAUUACAAAGCGCUCAUGAGCGAGAUUGAGAAGGGGUUGCACGGCCUGCAUGCGCUUUCCGCUCCCACUCCCGAUGCCCCUAUCCCUACCGCUAGCGACGGCAGCGGAGGAAGUAAAAGUGAGGCAGCAGAGGGAAUCAUUGAAGCGCCAUUUGCUAGGGUUAAUACCGUCGAGCCAGCCGGCCCUGCGGGCGUCGCUGGGGUUAGGGCUGGUGAUCUUGUCAAGAGGUUUGGCGGUGUCGGGGCUUUGGAUGGAGCUUCCGGAGGAGGUGGGCAAGAUGCUUUGGGGAGGGUUUCCGGGGAGGUUGAGAGGUUUGAAGGGGUGAGCACUUCUCCCCGUAUCGGAGGGAACGGGCGGAUUGCUGACUGGAGUCUCUCUAAUAUCUGACUACAGAGGGUUCUAAGGGUCCUCGUCUCCCGCCGUGACAACGACGGCGUCUGGCAGAACGUCAACUUGGAGAUUACGCCUCGGGCCGGUUGGGGUGGGAGGGGGCUGCUUGGCUGCCAUCUGUUGCCGGUUUAGUCUGUCUAUAUCAUGCCCUAUGCUUUGAAAUUGUUACCGCACUGCACUUCCGGCUCCACUGGUACGUUGGCCCACCAACCCCGUCGGACCAAAAAUCUACGAACCAUUGUGGGAUACUCUAAACCGUAGCCUUAUCACUUGAUUCCAUCCAUUCCACCAGUACUGCUCUUUGAUCUGUUCUCCUCUGUUUUGUGCAGUACUGUACUAAGACAUAUUUUUUUGUUCGCUCGGACCCCGCUUGCGCAGACCCAACCCAACCGGGGAAAAAGAAAAAAAAAAAACUCCUCUCGGGACAUAUGUAUAAGGGAAGAGAAGGAAAAAAAAAAAUUUGACAUCUACAGUUUUUCAAAAUCAAGACAUGAAAACACCCAAUAAUCGUAGCUCUUGUGGUGCUCUCUGUCCGUCCCGCAACGCCCGCGCCCACAACCCGCCCAACCGAACCCCGCAUCCAAAAGAGAACUAUUGGACUAUUAAGGAAAGAAGAGGAGAAAAAAAGAAAAAAAAUGAUGAAAAUGGAAGUGUAGAUAGAAAGGGAAACCAGGUAAAUUGACAUCAGACAUACCCUACUCGCGCAUCUUUGCCAACAAUACGGCCGGGUACAGAAUUUCGGUAAGAACAAAGCUCGAGUUUCCCGCCAAAAUCCUGCACCCGGACGAACUCUUGGUGAGGACCCUCGAAGUGCCAAGUAAUCCCAUUUCCAACUCCGACUCC